GAUGAAUGGCGGUGGAAGGCAUGAAUGGGCGUCUCCGAAAAUGCUAAAACUUUGUUAGGCAUGACAUGAAGUUUUGUGUUGUGUUUUGGUAAUUUAAAUUUUCAAGCAACACAGGUAAAAAAAACAGAGCAAGAAAGAGAGAGAGAAAGAAAGAUAGAGUGUGUCCCAUUCCCAUCCCCCACACAAAAGGUGGUGGGAAAAAAGUUCUUUUUGUACACACUGCGAUGAUGGCGAUGAUGAUGCCUGCAAUCUCCAACACAAACACAAACAGCUAUUCUUCUCUCUCUUAUCACACUCACUCUCUCAUCUUCUUCCCUCGCAGCCAUGGUUAAUUCCUUUUCGCUAUGCAAAUUCACGAGAAGAAGCCAAUGAAAGUUGUGACCAUGGAGACUCAGAAGAAGUGCGGGUGUUGGGCUGUUCUUAAACGCGGCGUUAGAGGUGCGUGCAAACCUUCAGCUUCCAGAGACUCUGCUAACACUAUCCCUCGUACUAGUCUCGUUUAUGAUGCAGCAACUGAGACAAGAUACCUGAAUGCUAGCAAUAGAGAAUUAUGUCCUCCCAAUGAAGAUCGAUUAUCUUCUGAUAAUCCUGAUCCACAGCCUCAGGAAAAAAAGGCUCCUUGCCAGCUUCUUCAAUUUACAUUUCAAGAACUCAAAGCUGCUACUGGAAAUUUCAGACCUGAUAGCAUUCUUGGUGAGGGUGGCUUUGGUUAUGUUUUCAAAGGAUGGAUUGAGGAAGACGGAACUGCCCCGGCAAAACCCGGGUCAGGGAUUACCGUGGCUGUCAAAAGCUUGAAGCCAGAUGGUCUUCAGGGCCAUAGAGAAUGGGUGGCUGAAGUUGACUUUCUUGGACAGCUUCACCACCCUAACCUUGUGAAACUCAUUGGUUACUGUAUCGAAGAUGAUCAGCGGCUUCUUGUUUAUGAGUUUAUGACCCGUGGAAGUCUAGAAAACCAUCUAUUCAGAAGAACCGUACCUCUUCCAUGGUCCAACAGGGUUAAGAUCGCACUUGGCGCAGCAAAAGGAUUGGCCUUCCUCCACAAUGGUCCAGAACCAGUCAUUUAUAGAGAUUUUAAAACAUCAAACAUUUUGCUUGAUACAGAGUACAACGCAAAGCUUUCAGAUUUUGGUCUAGCAAAAGCAGGGCCUCAGGGAGACAAGACACACGUUUCUACUAGAGUUGUUGGAACUUAUGGUUAUGCUGCUCCAGAAUAUGUCAUGACAGGACACUUGACAGCUAAAAGUGAUGUUUAUAGCUUUGGAGUGGUGUUACUUGAGAUAUUAACAGGAAGAAGAUCAAUGGACAAGAAGCGCCCAAGUGGGGAACAAAACCUUGUUUCAUGGGCUAGGCCAUAUUUAGCCGACAAGCGAAAACUGUACCAACUUGUGGAUCCUCGCUUGGAACUAAAUUAUUCUCUAAAAGGAGUGCAGAAAAUUUCCCAGUUAGCUUAUAAUUGCCUCAGUAGAGACCCCAAAUCCCGUCCUAACAUGGAUGAAGUUGUGAAGGCUCUGACUCCAUUGCAGGAUCUUAAUGACCUGGCAAUUUUGUCUUAUCACUCUCGUUUGUCUCAACAAGGGAGACGAAAGAAGAAAGAUGGAACUCCUCAGAUCACUUACACGCAAUCAAAGAGCAUCAGGGCUUCUCCCCUGAAUACUGGCAAGCAGCAUCGAUGAUGGGAAGUGAUCCUCUUCUUUAUUGCUGGCUCAAUCAUUGAUUGAAACUAAGGUUGAAAUGCCUCCUUUGUUGUUGUUGUUAUUGUUGUUGUUGUGUGGAGAUGGACAUUUCAAGCUUACAUGAUUUUUGGGUGUUUAAAAUAUGUCAGGGCCAGAAGAAUGAUGGAAGAGUAAUGAUAUAUUGAUUUUAUUUGUGCUCUUUUCUUAGAGAGCUAACCAUCAAUGUGGAAAGAAAUUUGCCAUUUGCUAAUUCUGUAAUUGAGAAAUUCCCUCUAUGUAUAUGAAAGGCCUCACAUUUCAGAAAAUCUUUUGGAGCAGCCUGAAUCAGUUGCAUUUGCCAGUGGAAAUAGAAAUAACAAUUUUCUAC